GCAACAAGUCUCACGAGAUGACUUACAUUCAGCCAAGUUUGGUAUCACUAUGCUCCCCAAUUCCACCAUCUGAGAGUCGAUUGAUUUUGACUCAUGAGCAUACUCCCUCAUUUUCAUUUUCAAAGCCACAGGCUUUUGCAACACACACCAUCUUCUUCACAUCGGCAUGUGCAAUGCUUAUUGGACCCCCUUCCAUAUUUUCCCAAACACUCCCUUUCAAUGCAAUCUCAAUCAUUUGGUGGCGGGCGUUAUUUCAGAUGUGUUGAACCCAUUGCGGGCCAUACUAAAGCCAAGAUGCAGUUUAGCAGAUCUCUGGGAUUCUUGUAGUCGUAGUACUAACGUCGGUUUAGUAGCCAACGUGGUAUAAUAGCGAAAAGACAGUAUGUUGUUUUGCUACGCGCUUUCACAACGGCAUAAAAUAUUCCGAUAGCUGAAGAGUUUUGCUCGCCUUCCUAUUCUAUUCUGUUUGUCAUUGAUUCAUUGAUUCCCAGAAUCAAGCAAUGUUAAGAGUCACUAUAUCACGAAUCAUUUCCCAACCCAGUGCUUCGACUUUCCCGAAUGAAAUCCACCGUCUAGUUUGUUCCAUUAGAUUCCUCUUUUUCAAAUAUUGCCCUCCAGAUAUCAUUUUCAACAUCAAAUUACCCGCUGUUAUGAAACAGGCUGACCAAGUGAUACGAAAAGGUGUCAAACUGGUAAUAAUAAUAGCAAUCAUAUAGCAAGUCUAAGAUAUAUUUUUCUGAGGCUCAUACAUACCGCCAAGUGAUUUGAUCCAAUUGACCUUUCAGAUAUUUUGAUCCAAGCUCCGUUGCUAUUCCUUUGUUCUGUCGAAAUAUCAUGCACCCAUGAUGAGAGUUUUUGUUUCGAACUCCACCACAUAGUACGCCACAGUCUAACUUUGAGAUUCUUCACAACUGCCUUUCAAAUUAUAUAAAACAUCGGAUUAAAAAAUGAUCCUUAAUCCCAGAUCUUUGCAUGUCAACACCUUCAUUUAUUUGUGCUCAGAUUCCGUUGUACCAAUGUUUCGAAUUAAAACCAACAGACUUGGAAGAGUUCUACAUCAUAUACAAACCAGCAGUUUCAACACCAAUAAGAACAACAGUAGCAAUAACACUCAUCGAUACAUUCUCUACGAGAGCAACUGGAACAAUCAAUCAGUCAAUCAACAAAACUUUACGUACAUCCUGAAACUCGCGACCCACGUGGUAUAUAUUCUCAGCAUCAUUAUCUGAUUCCUCCCAGCCGAAGCAGUAAACCAUGGCAUCUUUAUCGAAAAUUAUGGACGGAGAACCUUGUUGCUUCUGUCAUCGAAAUAAUCCGUCAUUAGUUGAGCUUUGUGAAUGGUGCAAAGGUGUUCAACUAGCUCACGAUACUAUCGAACGCAUCACCAUUCAACAUAGAGGAGAUGAGAGAGUCGCGACCGUAACUCAUGAAGAACGUGUGCCAUUGUGGGUGGAUGAAUCGGGAUCUAACAAGGAUCAAAAUGGGAAUGAGCAAGAUAAAUGGCCCAUGUGUAUGGCAGUUCAGAUUGAGGUGUUUGGUAUGAAAUGCUUAGUUGUGGUUAGUGAGGAUCCUGGGCGUGGUGUGAGAAUUUCUGCCAUCCGCAAUCUUACACAUUCAGAGCCCAAGGAAACGGUGGGAAAUGCUCAGUUAUUCUAUUAAUACAAUAUGAUUACUUAGAGGAUAAGAAUUGAAAAGAAAUAGAAAUAGAGGGGGAAAAAAAGGAAAAAACAGGAGAAAAACAGGAGAAAAACAGGAGAAAAACAGGAGAAAAAUAAGGAAAAAGAGGGUUACGAGAAGCGGAAAAUUGUAAAUUAACAAAGAUUACGAGGUUAUACGAGACGGAAAGGUUGAGGGGAAAUGAAAGAGAAAUUGAGAGGGCGAGGGAGAUCUAAGAGAUAGAUAGAAUAUAAAAUAGUAGGAUAAGACGAAAUAAGAAGGGAUAGAAAAAUGUCGUACAAAAGGACUGGCGAUAGCCGGGGACAGAUGGGGAGAGCGGGAUGACGAGAGAAAGGGGAGAUGAAGAGGAGCAGGACCUGGAGAGAUAGAGCCAAAUUAUGAGGGAUAUUUUAUAAUAAGCUAAGGAAUCA